AUGCCAUCAUCCGCCUUCGUUGGUGGCCGGAAAGGCGAACACUUUCGCUUCACAAUCUUUACCGACGGCCUUUUCCGCUACGAAUGGGCCCCGGACGGCGACUUUGAAGAUCGCCCCUCCGCCUUUGCCGCCCGUCGCAGUCAGUGCACGGCCGUCCCCGACUACCGGGUCGUCGAGUCCAAGCACGCCCUCGAGAUCUUCACGGAGCGCUUCCACCUCAGCUACAACAAGGCCAAGUUCUCCCCCGAAGGCCUCUUUGUGCGUGUCUACGGCCACCUCGGCACGACCUGGCGCUACGGCGAGACCUACGAGACCCUGGGCGGCACGUAUCGCACCCUCGAUGGCGUCAACGGUCGCGUGCAGCUGGAGCCGGGCGUGACCUCGCGCAAGGGCUUCGCCAACGUGGACGACGACAGCAUGCUCUUUACGAGACACGGGUUCAUCGCACCGCGGAAACCCGGUCCCGACAGAGUCGACGCGUACUUGUUCUGCUACGGUCACGACUAUCGCGCCGCCGUCAAGGCCCUCUAUUAUAUCUCCGGGCCGCCGCCGCUGCUUCCGCGCUGGGCGCUGGGCAACUGGUGGUCCCGCUACUACGAAUACACGGCUGAGUCGUAUCUGGCCCUCAUGGACACGUUCAAGGACAAGCGCAUCCCACUAUCCGUCGCUGUGAUUGACAUGGACUGGCAUUGGGUCAGGGAUCCGCGCGUCGCCGACGCCAACGCCUCUGGAUGGUCGGGUUACUCCUGGGACACAAACCUCUUUCCAGAACCCCGAAAGUUCGUGCAUGAGCUUCAUAAGCGGAACUUGAAGGUGACAUUGAAUGAGCAUCCUGCCGAUGGUAUCGCAAAAUACGAGGACGUGUACGCCAAGAUGGCCGAGGUUCUUGGACAUGACACAUCCCAAGGUAAACCCAUCCCUUUCAACUGUACCGACGUCGAUUUCCUCACGGCGUAUUUCAGAAUCGCCCUCGGCCAUAUCGAGGAUGAUGGCCUUGAUUUCUGGUGGACCGAUUGGCAACAGGGCACCCAUUCUGCCCUCCCCGGCGUUGAUCCCCUUUGGGUCCUGAACCACUUCCACUUCCGCCACAAUGCGCGCCUACAAGAGAGCCGUCCCAAAUACGACCGCAGCCACCCCAUGGUCUUUUCUCGCUACGCCGGUCCCGGAAGCCACCGGUACCCCAUCGGCUUCUCCGGCGACACAAUCACCAGCUGGGAGUCGCUCGCCUUCCAGCCCGAAUUCACCGCCACGGCCAGCAACAUUGGCUACGGCUGGUGGUCCAACGACAUUGGCGGCCACAUGGGCGGCCGCCGCGACGACGAGCUGACGGCGCGCUGGGUGCAGCUCGGCGUCCUGUCGCCCGUGAUGCGCCUGCACUCGACCAAGAACCGAUGGGUCACCAAGGAGCCGUGGAAGCUGCCCACCGGCUCCGGCCGGGGACCGCAAGACGUCGUCAUCAAGUUUAUGCGCCUCCGCCACAGGCUCCUCCCGUACCUGCACACCAUGAACCGCCGCGCGGCCGAGCAUGGCGAACCCUUGGUCCAGCCCAUGUACUGGGCGUACCCGGAGCGCGAGGAAGCGUACGGCGUGCCCAACCAGUACUACUUUGGCUCGCAGAUGCUGGUCGCGCCCAUUACGGCGCGGCAGAACCGCGACACCAAGACGGGCAAGGUCAAGGCGUGGCUGCCUCCGGGCACUUGGGUCGAUUUCUUUACCGGUGUGGUGUAUGAUGGCAAUCGCAGCAUCUGGCUGAGCAGAACGCUCGACAAUAUGCCUGUUCUCAUGCGCCAGGGUGCCAUUGUUCCGCUUGAUGCGGACCGGCACGGGUCCAAUGGCGCUGCGAAUCCGCAGGGCUUUGAGAUUGUGGCCGUGGUGGGGGCCGAUGGGCACUUUGAUAUCCUGGAAGAAGAUGAGAGUUUCCAAGGGGCCGCGGACAAGGCGCCGUGGGUCAAGACGUCCAUCUCUUUUGACCAACGCCGGGGCAUUCUCUCCAUUGGGCCGAAUCGCAGCGGGGCGCUGGCCUAUUCGCGAACAUGGAGUGUGCGUCUGCUGGGCGUUCGUAAUCAUGACGGGAUUAGUGCUUCCAUUGGCGGUGUCUCAAUGACCUCGGUGUCCACGGAGUCGGUGGAAAAUGGUACCGUGGUGAACCUCGGUCGCAUAGCCCCGGGCGCCACGGCCAUUGUGUAUCUCGGCCCAAACAGGCAGUUGGCUGUCAACGACUCAGAGUCCCUCAUUUUCCCUAUUCUCUACGACGCCCAGGUUGGCAUUCAGCUGAAGGAAAAGAUUGAUGAGAUUAUCACCCCAAAAGAUGUCCCCGCGUCUAUCCGAGUCACGCAGGCGGCUGCACUGGAGAUGGAUCAAGACCUCCGCCACAUUUUGAACGAAUUCUUCCUAGCCGACAGCCGAUCCUAG